GCUUUUGAAAUCUCAAAGCUUUUGAAAUCUCCCUUUCCAUGGCUAACCCUAACACCAACUAUUGAUUUCUCUCCGAAAUCAGUCGGAAACCUUUUCUUAGUAAAUCCCCAAAUAUAUAGUUUCAAUUGCAUUUUGCUUGUGUUAAUGGACACGGACAUUUGCCGCUGGAUAUCGGAAUCCGUGAUGCGCAACACUGCUGCGCAAGACCACGUGAUAAAGAAACUCCUCCGGGCCCUCCCGGUCUCCGGCGCCGACUCGCGGUUCAAGAAGACGGCGGUGCUCCGAACGAUACAGGCCGAAAUCUCGGACGCCUUGCUGACCGAGACAACGCUGGAUAAUCUGGAAGUAAUGGAGGAACUGGACCGAUACGACGGGGCUGAGAUUUCGGAGGCGUUGAAGGCGGCGUACCGUGCGGUGGCGGUGGAAUGCACGGUGAAGUAUCUGGCAGGGAGUGGCGACCGGCACGGGAAGUACUUUGAGGCCGUGAAGAGGGUGUGGAGGAGGAGGAUUGGCGGUUUGGAGAGGUCGAGGAGGAGCGAGCUGGUGACGGGCGAGUUGAGGCGGUGGGGGGAUGACGUGGAGGCGGCGGUUUGGGACGCGGAGGUGGCGAGGAGGUUGCUGAAGGUGAACACGAGGAACGAGGCUUUAGAGGCGGUAAGGGUUUACUUGGGCGAGGCCUGGGUGCUUAUGGGUCCGACGUUUCUUCAGUCCGCUGCGGCGGUGGCCGAGACCGAUGGUGUCCAGAGGGCCGGUGCCAGUGCAGGUGAUAUGGCUGUGAAGAAUGCGGUGAACCGGUUCGAAGAAGUGGCGGCAAAGAAUACGCCUAAUGUGGGUGAAUUUGCUGUGAAGAAGGUGAACCAUGUUGAAGAGGUGGCGGUGAACACGCCUUGUGUGGGUGCAAUGCACCAGGUUGAAGGAGUGGCGGGGAAUACGCCUUGUGUGGGUGCAAUGCACCAGGUUGAAGAAGUGGCGGGGAAUACGUCUAAUUUGAAUCAGGAAGUGGGUGAAUUGUCCGGGGAGACAGCAAAUCAGGUGGCGUCGAAUACACCGAAUGUGGGUCAGGACGUGGGCGUGAACAGUAGUAGACCUGAGUUGUGCAAAGGAGAGGGAAGGGGAUUGGUAGCUUUGCAGAGUGGAAGCUGGGACUUGAUUGUCAGGGAUAGAGCUGCUGCAGGGAGAGUUGAUGAGAUACAAAAGGGGGCUGAGCUGCCCAGACGCAAGCAUGCUGUGUGGCAUAAGCGCUCUAAAGGAGUUAAGAUUACUGAUACAGAGGAAAUGGUCAUUGACGCAUCAUGUAGCAAAUACGAUUCCCUGCCUACCUCUGAAGUUAAUAAAGUACAAGAAGCUCUUAGAUCCAGUUCUUUGGAGUUGAGAGCAGUGGUGAAGGACCCUCUUCCUGAUGCAUUACGCCUGGCUGACACUGUAAUAUCUAACUUGGCGUCAAAUAAGCAGCAUGAACCUUCCGUAGAAAACCAGGGUGGAAAAGACGUUGAUGCCCCCAACCCAUCUGUUAACACUGGCGGUGAACCUGCACAAACUAAUGACUCUAAUCGUGGAAAUCAGUCCUGCAGUCAUCAGAGCAAUGCUCGUCGACCAAGCUUGAUGGAGCGGAAUAGCACUGCCCAUGCUUAUGAGUGGGAUGAUUCAAUAGAUGACUCACCCGAAGGAAUGACCGAGGAUGCAAGUAGACUUCACCUACCCAGCCGAAGGAGAAAGCUUGUUUCUCCCUUGAAGAAGCAGGAGGUUACAAAGUUUGCCAGAAGGAGACAGAUAAAGAGAUGGAGUUUAUUGGAGGAAGACACUUUGAGGACUGCUGUGCAGAAGUAUGGUAAAGGAAACUGGAAGCUUAUCUUGAAUUGCUUCCGUGAUAUUUUUGAAGAGAGGACAGAGGUUGAUCUAAAGGACAAGUGGAGAAACAUGUCAAGGUACUGACACCUCAAAACAGCCUUCAUCUUUUUUGUAUUUUGCGCCAAAGCUUUAUAUAACUUAGAAGUUUUUUUGGUUCAUCCCUUAACCCUCCAUGUUAAUACCCAAACAUGGGUUAUACAACAUCAAGGAUACCUUACUUAUCAAAAAAAAAAAAAAAUCAAGGAUACCCCCACUUUGCAGUGUUACUUUUUGCAUUUUGCUUGAGAGAGGUAGUCUCUUGCACCUUUUUUUUGUACUUCUCUGUCUAGAUAGAGAUUCUCAGCAGCAUUCUGUCUAAAUUGUUAGCAAUUUGGACAGCUUAUUACUGAAGAUCCGGAUCCUAUAUGUCUACGUUAGCAAGGUUAUACAAAGUUAGGGAUGUGGAUGGAACAUAAAUUAUAUAGUGCUUGGGAUGUGUACAUUAUUUGUAUAUCUUGUUCCCAUGAAUGAAAUGUACGUAUGUUGAUGUAACA